GGACAAGCUCGAGGACUUAUUGUGCCUGCCUAUAACAACGAGUACCAUACAUUUGAAAAGAAGUGAGGUAUGAGAGCAGGCUAUACGUACUAUGGAUAUAGUAUGACGAAGACGAUAGUAACUGUUGCGAAGGAUCAGGCGGCGGUGUAUCUUGAUCUCAAAGCCUCAGUGAAUAUUAAAAGAAGGAAGGUCGAACUGAAUGUUUGCAUAAUUUGCUUCAAGACAUAACACUUCUUACAAUAUCUUGCAGUGUUUUAUCGGAAUUGCUUUCUUAUUGUUGUUCAAAAGAUAGCAUUUUAGCACACUUGCUCUUCAAAAUGGGCAUUCUAACCAGCAAUACGCAACCCCAAAUAACCAAUUCGACAGUCCGACUAUUGAAUAGAGUACCCGGCGGAAGUUAUACUCAUUCUGAGCAUAGUCUCAGCAAUAUGGGCGGCAGUAUCAAUAAGAGGCAGUGUUGCCUACCUCUUUACGAUAUAACGGCCAAUGGACGUUCAAAUACAACGAAAGAGGUAUGGCGCAGGAAACUUAAAAUUCGGGUAUUGUUUUGUCUAUUAGUCCUUGGCAGUAUCGCCGCGCUGUCAGUACUUUCAUCCAUCUUGUUUGUGGUUGUAACUAUUGUAAAUGUUCGAACUAACAAGCAAGACCUUAGGCUUUGGCUUACAUUACUCAUGACCCUUCCCCGCCGCCACCCACCUCACAUGCCAUCGAGCGGAAUAAAUCAUGUAGUUGGGCAGUGGAAAGGUCCUAGCGAUUCAUCCACUCUCCUUGCACCUUGGAUGUCAAACUUCACAAAGGAUAUUAUACCGCUGUCAUGCCAUUCUCACAAUGAUUACUGGAGACCCGUUCCUCUUUUCGAGGCUCUCGCUGCUGGCUGUACAGGGGUAGAAGCCGAUAUAUGGCUGAACAAAAAAGAUGGUAGCGAUGACUUGUUAGUUGGCCAUUCUCUUAAAUCACUCAGAGAUGAUCGCACACUCCAGGAUUUAUACAUCAAGCCCCUCAUCACAAUCCUUGAGUAUCAAAACAAUAAUUCCGCCGAGUCAGAUGGAAGAUCCAGCAAUUCUAAUGGCGUAUUCCAGUCGAGUCCUAAUACCACCUUGACUUUGCUGUUAGAUUUCAAAUCAAGCGGGUCUGACCUGUGGCCUUGGGUGGAUCAGGAACUCGAAGCUCUUCGUUCAAAAGGUUGGCUCACCAAUUGGAGCAACUCGACCGACAAAAUUAACUGGCGUCCAAUAAUUGUCGUCGCUACCGGGAAAGCCCCAUUUGAUCUUUUGAUUUCGAACACCACCUAUCGCGAUAUAUUCUAUGAUGCCCCUCUCGAGGAUAUCGCAAACUCCAAAUACGAUGAAUCGAAUUCGUACUAUGCAAGCGUUUCCAUGAGUACCUUGGGCAAAAUCUGGUUCUGGAAAUUCAGCUCAUCGCAACUGAAUCAAAUCAAGACUCAAGUCGCCUUAGCAAACGCAAAGGGUCUCAAAGCUAGAUAUUGGGACACUCCAGCCCUGCCGGCAAUUUUCAGGGAAUAUAUUUGGGGAGUUUUGGUGGAGAGAGGGGUUGGAAUGCUAAAUGUUGAUGUGUUUCCAUCAUCUCUGUUCUAUCCCUUAGCCACCAGAUUUGGGCAAAAUCGACUUGGAUGGUAAAUGCAUCACAUUUUUGAGAAAGAGAAAAUCUUUUGAAUUACCUCCCCUCGUUUGAAGUAAGGUUUCUGCGACCCACAUUCUGGACCACCCACUAGUGCACCGGAUGUUCCGACUUCGAGCCAUAGCAAUACGAGUGUCAAAGAGUGCAUUGUCAGCAACUGACAUAUUUUGUAGUUUCCUUGAGCAAUCUGACCCAUUUUCGGAACCGGCGGUAAGAUCUUCUGAAAGACGUCGAGGGCAGUGACGCGUCUCGGUAUUAAGGACGGAACAAGAUGAAGGUUAACCCAUCAAAGGUUUCCAAGAAUCAUCGAGAUGUCGUCGAUCUUGGAUUGGGAGAUUGAAGAUGUUUGCUUUGAUUGAUGGAUAGAUAGAUUUGGAUUGAAACCAGAAAAAAAGCGCUCUAAGGGUUUCUUGGUCUGCAAUUGUCUUUAGUUCUGUUGCACGCACGUGUAGGAGUAGGAAUAGGAAUGAGUUGCACGCGAGCGGGUCACGGGGUUAAGCUACCAUAAGCGUAUGUGGCUAACCACAAUACUUACUUAUCCACCGUGCUAAAGUUCUUUUUCCCUCGAGAAUAAUAGUUACUUCGACCGUAAUCUUGGA